AUGGCAGGAAGUCAACUUGGUACGACUCCCACGACGGCCAUAACUUGUCCGUGCCGGCGACCUCGGAUUGCUCGGCUUGUACCGACUGAGUUUCGCAACCUGGCAACACUAGUUUCGAUUGCCUUGACUUCAAGUAAGGCGGAGCCUGGAACUAUACUAGCAUGCUUACUCUCUUCUGCUAUUUCCACAACCCAGACGAAUCAGCUCGGCGAUACCGUCGCUGGAGGAGCUUGGCCCGUUGCGACUCAUCUCGGCACAUUAUCUGGCUUACAGCACGCGUCGAUUAUCACACGAACCCUCAGCCUAGAUCAGUACAAUGGUUAUGGGUUAUGCUCACUCCAUCUGGUCACCUUCAAUACGACUCCUUCAUCAUCUCCUCUUCGCCUCCACGCCUUCCGAUCUGCCUACGACAACUGUGAUAUUGACCGUCAAUGGCCUUCCUCAGACUUCAACAGUCUACAUUUCCGACUUCGCAUCAUACCAAAUUGUCACAAGCUUCUACUACUUGGGACUAACGGCCCAACCGAGACAUUUGGAUUCCUUGCCAAAACGACAGUCCGGUAUCCUCCAUUAUCAGUCGAUGAUUACACGAAAGUCAUACUCUACCCUCUACACCCGAAGGAGACCACUGGUGCCUUCAAGGAUCCUGCUCUUAUCCUGUCCUUUUUCUUUGCUGAGUUCAGAGUCAAGAGGGUGAAGACAGCUGUGAGAAGAUUCAACACUACGAAUGAGAGUGUUCAAUGCUGCAACCAUGUCUGCAUCGAGACGGCCAUGUCCCCAAGGAAGAAACACAGACAAGACUAG